CCCUCUGUACGUGACCUUUGCGCAACCUUGCUGUUAGUCAACGUUCAUUUUUAAUAAUGCGGGAGAAACCAUAGGAGAAACAACUUGAGAAGACGUGUUCACCAGGCGGCCGAAGAAAAAUCUUAUUGAAAGACAAGGCAGCACGUGGGCGAUAAUAAUCCAGAGGAAUAUUUAUGAUCUACCUUGAGAGCAAACUUCAUGCAGUGUAGAAACUGUAAAUACAAUUAUGCCAGUCAAAAUCUGCUGCUGAGGCACUACAGGCUAAAGCACUGGCGCCCAGGCCGACGUGAACCAUUGUUGUGCCUGUACCCUGAGUGUGUCUGCUCUUUCAAUACACCAGAAAACAACAAUGUUGCUGCGAGUGAUUGUGAAUCCAGAGUGCAUAAAAAAACUGGCACUCCCCAAAGUGCCAUCAUCAGUAGAUGAGCUCAAAGAAAUUCUUUGUGACAAACUGAAAAUUGAUCAAAACUUUCUGAUCCAGUAUGAGGACCCCGAUUUUGAUGGUCAGCUUUGCAAUUUAAGUAACAUAGAAGAACUUCCAUCUGAAAAGGUCACACUGAAGAUUAUCUGGGAAACUGCAGCAGUAGCAGAACCCCCAAGAAAUGAAAGCACAGGGUCUGAGACUGAUUUUACCCUAGACACAGCAAGCAUCUCAUCCAAUCUGUCCAGUCCAUCUUCUUCCACAGUCAGGGAAGAGCGCUGGCCACGCGUUUUUCUAAUUCCAAAUUUCUCCUAUGAUGUAGAGUUCAGACUGAGAAAAGCUAAUGAAGUCUAUGAAAAACAGAACACUACCAUUGAUGUUACACGAGACAUCAAGAUAGAAAUACUGGACAAGUUGGCAGAAACAAUGUACUCCUUUAAAGCUUUCCCAAGUGAUUCUGAAAUUGAGCAGGUGGCACUUGCGUUAGUUUCCAGACAUCCAUGUCUAAGGGAACUUGGCUGUGACACAGGAUGCAAAGGCUGGAAGAUGAGCUUAAAAUUUAAAAUGGGAAAUUACAGACAAAAAUUACGCAAUGCUGGAUGUAGUGAGCUUGACAAUAAAAGAGAUGAUGGUUCAAGAGUACCCCAGAAGAAACCAAGAAGAUCAGAAAUCAACUUCUUUCCAGACAAUCCUGUCGGUUUAGAUGAUGCUGCAUUGGAACAUGAAAGGGAACAGCUUGAGCUUGAAGUCAAGAAAAAGAACAUGGACAUGACAAAACUAAACACCAAAAUGGAAACUACAUUCCCUCUCAGGAGAAAAGAAAUAGUCAAUGAGCAACCCUUGGUCUCUUUCAUCAAAGAAAGAUGGCCUGGCCUCUUUUUGGAGGAGCAAGUUUGUACAGAGUUCCAAAGGAUCACUUGUGUGGACCUUAAAACGGCUUUCAUGACAGCUCUUAACAAAUAUUGCAACGCCCUCAUCAAAAUGUAUCGGGCAAAGAGUAAAGACCUUGGAGAUGACAUGAAAAGGAUCCUGGACCAUUUUGAUGAGCAGACAACAGACAUCUUAUCACACAGACACGCUACAGCUCUACGGGGACUCCCCUUGUAA